UUGACUUUAGUGACGUCGGUUCAUGGGAGGUGAACUUUCGUGCGAAGUUCAUGAUUUGAGACAUUUUUAAAAUUAUUACGUAUCAAGAUUUGACGAAACCAUGGCUGACAACGAACAGAAGGCAAUGCAAUUGUUAGUUGAAGCUGAGAAGAAACUAACAUCUUCGAAGGGUUUCUUUGGUUCGCUAUUUGGAGGAUCAUCAAAGAUUGAAGAGGCAGUAGAAUGUUAUCAACGAGCUGCAAACAUGUUUAAGAUGGCAAAAAAUUGGAGUUCCGCAGGGAGUGCAUUUUAUGAAGCAGCAGAUCUGCAUGCUAAGGCAGGCAGUCGCCAUGAUGCAGCUACUAAUUAUGUAGAUGCUGCUAAUUGUUUCAAGAAAUCCAAUAUAAAUGAGGCUAUUAGUUGCUUGUUAAAGGCAAUUGAAAUUUAUACUGACAUGGGUCGAUUCACAAUGGCAGCUAAGCAUCAUCAGAGUAUAGCUGAGAUGUAUGAAAGCGAAGCUGUAGACCUUGAAAGAGCAGUUCAUCAUUUUGAGCAAGCUGCUGACUAUUUUCGUGGAGAGGAAAGUAAUUCCUCUGCUAAUAAAUGUCUUUUGAAAGUUGCACAGUAUGCUGCGCAACUUGAAAAUUAUGAAAAGGCCAUUCAAAUUUAUGAGCAAGUUGCAUCUGCAUCUUUAGAAAGUUCUCUAUUAAAAUAUAGUGUGAAGGAAUACUUUUUCCGAGCAGCGCUGUGUCAUUUAUGUGUUGAUGUACUGAAUGCACAACAUGCAAUUGAACGUUAUCAGGAGCAAUAUCCCGCAUUUGAAGAUUCUAGAGAGUACAAAUUGAUAAAGACAUUAAUAGAACACCUCGAGGAACAACACCUCGAAGGUUUUACAGAAGCAGUAAAGGAAUAUGAUUCAAUUUCACGAUUGGAUCAGUGGUACACAACAGUAUUAUUACGUAUUAAAAAGCAAGUUAACGAUAAUCCAGAUCUACGCUGAUCGGUUGUUCCUACUUCGUGCUAUUUCCUGUCGAUGAUAUUAUUAAUCCAAUUCUAUAUGUAUUCUUUUUUAAGUCACACCCUGCUUUCAAUGGAACUUGUAAAGUAGUUUCGUUUUUAUACCCAAAUAUAUUUUUCAUAACAUCUCCUUGCUCUCUUGGCAACUAUUACAUGUUCAUCAUUUAAGUUAUCAUAUACUCAUAGAAUUUUAUCAUCAAAUAAUAUAAAAAAAAAUAAAGAGUAAACUUCAAAUAUUCUAUGGACAUU